AUGGGUAGUUUGUCAUUUGAUGCGAGUCAUGGUAUUAUAUGGCCGACCUACGCAGUGAUGCUGAUCGGAUCGUCGGUGUUGGCUUAUUGGAGACAUGAUAGUAAGAAGUUUCUGAACGCUAAUGGGACUCAGAAGGCGGUGCCUCUUGCUUUCAAUUUCGUUGCGUCAGGUUUGGGGUGUGGUGUGCUGUCUGCGUAUCCGCAGAUGGCGAAUAUCGACGGGUUGCACGGGUUGCUGGUUUAUGCGCUUGCUAGCGGGUUGCCUAUGUUUGUGUUUGCGUUGCUCGGGCCUAUGAUCCGGAAGAGGACUCCGAACGGGUUUGUGCUGACGGAGUGGGUGUUUCACCGGUUCGGACUGCUCACGGGUUGGUAUCUGGGGGCGUGUACGAUUCUGACCGUGUUUCUGUUUAUGGUGAGCGAGAUUGCAUCUUUGAAGUUUGCUGUGGAGACCAUCGCGGGGAUCAAGGCGCUGCCGGUGAUCAUCGUGGAGUGUGUGGUGACCACGAUCUACACCAGCAUCGGAGGAUUCGACAUCUCGUUUCUGACCGACACGGUGCAGGUCAGCGUUGUCUUUGUGCUGCUGAUCAUCGUUGCGUGCGCUAUGGGCAAGUAUGUCGAGAUCGACACUUCCAAGAUCGGGCCGUCCGGGCUGCUGAAGGCUAACAAGCUGGGCUGGCAGCUGGUUUACAUACUGACGCUUGCGAUCUUCACAAACGACUUCUUCAUGAGUGGCUUCUGGCUCAGAACGUUUGCGUCCAGGUCAAAUAAGGACCUGCUGAUCGGUUGCUCGAUCGCGUGCUUCAUUCUGGUGACCUUUGUGACCGCCGUCGGGGUCACUGGGUUCAUCGCCGUUUGGGCUGGUCUCAUCGAGCGGGCGGACCACGAAAACUCGGCCUCCGCCUUCUUCAUCUUGCUCGCCCAGCUGCCCUCCUGGGUCAUGGGAUUCGCUCUGGUCUUCGUGGCGGUUCUAUCCACCUGCACUCUGGACUCGCUGCAAAGCGCUCUCGUGUCCUCGAUCUCCAACGACGUGUUCCGAAACAGCAUCCCCACCCUGUACGUCCGUGGCAUCGCCGUCGCCGUCAUGGUCCCCGUGGUCAUCGUAGGCCUGUUCGCCGAGGACGUCCUAAACAUCUACCUGGUCGUCGACCUGCUGUCCAGCAGCGUCGUUCCCGUGCUGGUACUUGGCCUGCUGAACAAGCUCGACGGGUACUGGACGGGCUGGGAAGUCGUGGGGGGCGGCCUCGGUGGCAUCGUCGCUGUCUGGAUCUUCGGCACCGAUUACUACGAUUCUGGCAAGGAAGGCGCACGGUUGCUACUAAUCUCCAACGGCCUCUACGUUGACGACUGGGGUACCUUCGGCGCCUUCGUUGCAGCACCAUUCGGAGGCCUGGCAGUCGGUGGUAUCAUCAUGCUCAUCAGACUCACAUGCGCCAAGGCCUACCGCAAGGAAAACAGCCUGUUCCACCGGGCCUCCAAGAGAAUCGGCUCAAUCACCGGUAUUGCAGCUCUACACAGAUCCUACAAACGCUUGGAGGCACGAUUAGUCCCUGCCUACACGCUCUCGCUCAGUGUUGCUGACGAAGACACGGAAAGCACUCUGCUACAGGAAACUGCAACGCUAAACAAGAAGAAGUCCGGCAACACAUACCAAACUACCAGCUACGCCGACUGA